AAAUAAUUUGCCCACGCUGUCCGGCGAGUCCCAGUUGUGAAGCUUCUUGAGCACAGAAGGGUCCAAGAUGCAGGCAGGAAAGGUUUUUAGGGAAAUUCUUCUGUUCAAGGUUCAUAAGAGCAACAUGGCAGUUCCUGGGAAGCCAAUCCUCUAUUCUUAUUUCCGAAGCUCCUGCUCCUGGAGAGUUCGAAUAGCGCUAGCUCUCAAGGGGAUUGACUACGACAUCGUUCCGAUCAACCUCAUCAAGGACGGGGGGCAGCAGUUUACUAAGGAAUUCGAGUCGUUGAACCCCAUGAAACAAGUGCCAACCCUGAAGAUCGACGGCAUUACCAUUACCCAGUCCCUGGCCAUCAUCGAGUAUCUGGAAGAAACACGACCGACGGCCCCCAGGCUCCUGCCGCUGGACCCCAAGGAAAGGGCCAGUGUCCGCAUGAUCUCGGACCUCAUUGCUAGUGGAAUUCAGCCCCUGCAGAACUUAUCUAUCCUAAAGAAAGUGGGUCAAGAAACUCAGCUGGCAUGGGCACAAGCAGUCAUCAGCUCUGGCUUUAGAGCCCUAGAGAGUGUCCUGCAGAACACAGCAGGGAAGUACUGCCUGGGAAAUGAGAUCUCCAUGGCUGACUUAUGCCUGGUGCCUCAGGUGGCUAAUGCUGAAAGGUAUAAGGUGGACCUCUCCCCCUACCCCACCGUCAUGCGCAUUUACAAGACCUUGCUCACCAUGGAGGCUUUCCAAGUGAGCCAUCCUUCCCGGCAGCCUGACACCCCUCCAGAACUCCGGGCUUAAAUCCUGCCAUUUGCCACCUUCUAGAAUACUGAGAGGGGGAAUCAUACAGGUUUAACAGGCACAAAGAUAAACAAAUCAUGCUUAGAGUGAAACGAGUUCUGGCCUGGAAGUGAGGAAACCUAGGUUGGAAUCCUGGCUUUGCCAAAUGCAGAAUUCUGCUGGACCUCAGUUGCCUCUUCUGUCAAACCUGCAGAUCAGUGAUAUCUGUUGGGCCUAUUUCAUAGGGUUAUGGUGAUCAGGAUCAAUCAUGUGGGUAAAAAUGCUGGCAAAAAGCAUGAAGUGUUAAAUAAAUGGCAUAAAUAAAUAAAUAUGGGCUGCUUCCAUGAA